AUGACAUAUAAUAUUGCAGUACUUGGGAUAAAUACAGACAAAUAUACCACAAUUGGUAAGUUCAAGACGACAACCUGCAAAGCAGCAAUAGAAGGUCCAAUAGUAGGAGUUAAACAAGUAAUACUUGGUUUAAUAAACAUUUCUAUUAGGCACGAAAUACAGCAGAUUAAGAUGGAGUCGAAUAGUAACAAGCAAGACAAAAACAUUACAAGGUCAGACCCAGAAUUAGGGACCAUAGAUACUGUUGUAGGGUUGGAAAAUCCUAUAGAUGAAUCCACACCCACAAAACAGGAGGAACGGGAAGUGAAACCAAAGGUAGUGAAAAGUGAACCCAAUGUAUCUGUGGAUACAAGUCACAAGGGAGAGGAUAUGGAAUUAACAAGUUUGUUAAAUAGUAUGAUGGCGCAAAUUCGAGAAGGGAAUGCUAGUUUGAAAGCAGAAAUGGCUAGUCAUAUAUCCCAACUGGAUGAAAACCUAUCUGGUAAAAUAAAAGCCAAUUUAGAUAUCUUGAAUACGCAAAGCCAACGUAUCACUGAGGUAAACAAAUCAGUAAAUAGCAUUAGGGCUGAAAUAACAAAUGUUCAGAGAAAAGUCACAGAAAUAGAGAAAAGAUUUGAUACCGAAAUUCAGAGAAUAGAGAAAUCAGUGGAACCUUUGGUUAGUGAAAAAUUAGAACCGAUAAUCGAAAGUAAAUUACAGGUGAUAGUACCAGUUGUAAAGAAAGAGAUUGUUAAAGAAACGGCAGCUGAUAUUGAAACACUGCGCAAUACCAUGUUGAGUUUUGAUGCAUGUGUGCAGGAGCAGGAAAAUACACUGCGUAAUGAGAUAAAAUUAUUAGGUCAGCAAGUUCAGAAUCAGAUGUUUCUUAACUGUAGUGGUAUCCCAUUGGUAAUGCAAAAAUCGGAAAUACUGAGGAUACAAACAGAGGAGAGAGAGCAGGGAGGAAUUAUUAAGGGAAAUGAAGUAGGAAAAGAAUAUCGGUCGGAUGUGAAGGCUCACGUGAAUGAAAUAAGUACCAUUCGAGGUCAGAGUGACGAAUUGAUGAUGGAAGAGUCAGAGAAGGCGUUGUUUGUUGGUAGGGAUGGCAACUGUGCAGAGAGGCAGGGGCAAGGUAGGAGUGAUGUGACUUAUGGUAAAAGGUUCGUACGAAUAGUCGACGAAUCGCAUCGAGAAGUAAUUAAAGAGGAAAGGCUGGAUAAGAAAAAGGGGCAUAGUGCAGAGACACAUGCCGAUUCAGAAAUUACCUCGUAUGCAGAAUAUGUACAUCAGCUCAAAAGCCAGCCAGCACAAUUAGAAAGAUCUUCCACUCAAGUGAUUAAUUUGGACCCGAAUAUGACAGUGUUAGAGAGCCAUACCGAUUAUAAUGUGUACCUAGUGACAGCAAGAGUACAUGACUGUGAUGAAGAUUCUUUCAAAGAAAUUAGAGAAAGUGUAUCUAACCAAGAGAAAGAGUGUUGUGAUCCCUGUAGUACUGAAGCAAAUGAGUUGAGUGAGACUGGAAUUCCAUUAGUAGGGGAAAAUAAUGAAAGUAAGAGUGGCGAAUGUACUAUCCAACAAAGGGAAAGUAGAGAAAUGGAUUAUAAUUUGCAAGAAUUAUUUGAAUCCGAAGAAGGUCAUAUUUCUAAGGGGGAGGAAUUAUCGUCAGAAUCAUCAGAAAGCAUCCAGGGAGAAAAAGAAGUAGAGGAAGUUUCCGAUUCCGCAACCGAGAGUUCAGGCAUGACAGAUUCGAAUGAGAACGAGAUGGCAUUAAAGAGCCUAGACGAAGGACUAUUGGAAAAAGUGGUGAAAGAAUUUAGGAUGAAAAGGAGAAAGAAACCUCCAGAUGGAAUGUAUUCUAAUGAAACUUCUAGUUUAAGUAGAGACUAA